GUGAACGCGCCUCUGAGGGCGGACAGGACAGGGCUGUCAAUCACUUCAGUCGCAUGUUUGGAUUCCUCAAAGUUACCGUCGGUGGCUUUUCUGGAAAAUGUCCGCUGUACCGCCGCCUAUAAACGACCAGUACGUGUUCCACCGACCGGACUUUGAACAGCUGUCGACAGAAAACCAGAGAACAUGGCCCGGUCCUCAGCCUGUCCACGGAGUCCACGGAGCACCGACACCGACACGGCACCAUCAGACACCGCACCAUCAGCAGCUGCAGCACCGGGAUGACAGCAGCCGACCUCAGCCACGAGCCCCGGGCGGUACCGGCGUCCACAGGGCCCACAGGGACCACCCCCCCAGGCAGCCCCAGCUGGACGACUGCGAGCGCAUGGGGACUCUGUUCGGGAUGCUCAACAAGUGUCUACGCGGGAUGGGUUUCAGUCAGAUGUACUUUGGGGACAAGACAGUGGAACCAGUGGUGAUGGUGUUCUUCUGGCUGCUGCUCUGGUUCCUUGGCAUCCAGGCGCUGGGACUGGUGGGAACUCUGUGCAUCAUCAUCAUUUAUAUCCAGAAGUAAUGUGCGCUGUUUCUUUUGCUUCCUUUGCUUACACUUGCAGGACUCAUUUCACGCUAACAGACUGUCUGGAUUGAAUCUGCAGUGGAUGUGUGCUUUAAGGAGGGGACGUGUGCGGAAAGGUCUGCAGCCGUAUUCUGUUCACGGAGCUCAUGGAAAAGAUUUCAACGGCCUCCAUAUCGUUAUCAUGCCUGUUCCUCACGGGUGGCCUGGCUCUGUUCAUAAAGCUCUUUAGAUUACACAUAUAGAAACGACAUGUUCUUCGCAGUGCAAGUCCAGGGCCUGUUUCAGGAAGCAGGUUUACUGAAAACUCAGGUUAGUUUACUCAUCGCUGAAGGAAACGGAGUGUUUUCUGUUUUACAAAGUGUGAACUCUGUUUCAGCAGCAGCUUACUCCAUGAACCUACUCACUGUCAGGUUUUCUCUUCACAAGUCCGCACCUGUUCAGGGGUUUCCUUGUGUUUGUGAAGAGAUGAAAACUUUGCAUUUUUAUGUAGUUUUAGACCUGCAGUAGUGCUGGGAAAUGUACUGGACGACAACACUUAGUUGACACACCGAACUCCUUUUGCAACGUUACAAAUCUAGAAUAAUCCACAAGGUCUCAAUUUGAACCAUGAGGAUUUUGUUUGGAAAAAGUGACGUUACAGUUGUUGACACAUCUAUUUAUUGGUUAGUUCAGUUUUUCUUUUUCUUCAGACCAAAUGAAACUUGUUUACAUUCUGCAAGUGGUUCAUGUAUGAAGCCAUUAUUAAUCCACAUGCCAUUCCAGUUUUACAGAUGAUGCAGGACCCCCACAUGCAGCUGAAAACCCCCCAGUCCGCUUCAUUCUAGUGUGGUUCAAGUAUUUUUUCUGCCUUGAGUUGAAGAGAAAUGUUUUGUGUUCCGUCAGUCCAGGCGCCCUGGCCUCCCUUCCUCAUUUCCUCAUUCAUAUAAAACAUAUCGCAUUGUAAAUGUAAACGCAUGAUUUGAGAAUAGAUUAGGUGAGAGGUCACAUUCAGGUCGUUUUUAUCACUUUGUCACUCAGAUUAGAACCAACUGUUCUGAUGUGCUGCUGUGAUAAAUUAUGUCCUGUGACCUUGUAUUCUGUUUUUUUUUUUUUUUUUUGUCAGGGCAGAUCUAGACCCAAACCGUCACUAAUCCUAGCGUGAAUCUCUUUUUAAAAACACACUAAAAACAUAUAGUUAGCACAUUUAGAGGUCGACCUACAGAAGAUUUUUAAAAACUGAUACAAAAACACAGAGCUUUAGGUUUUUAGAAGGGUUAGAGUAGUAACUGUCAAAAUGAACAUCAAGUCAAAGUAUGAAGUCAAAGUUAUACAUAUACUAACUGAAGUAAAAAUUGUAGAUUGGAGCAAUUUUUAUUUUGGGCUGCUAUUUUUCCUCUGUUAUUCUCACUAAAAUCCUAAUGUUGGCCCUGACUUCUGCUGCUAAAGGUGGAACGUUCAUUCGAUCUGUGUUUCAGCUGCAGCUUUAAUAUGUUUACUUUGACGCUACAUGCUGGUAAUCUAAGUCAAGUGGUGGUCAAGCGCACGUUCAGUUUUAGUAAAAUGCAUUUUUAGCCGUGAAAAAAUGUGAUGUAUACAGUUUUAUAGGUCUAUUGACCUAAACCUAAAGAACUACUAUGACCUCUUCUUUACAUGUAGGGUCUUGUUGCCAUUCACAGAUGCUGCAUGUAUUUUGUAUCUACUUUUAGGUUAGUUGGUUUAGAUGUGAUUCUCUACCUUUUUUCUUUUUUUCUCAGUAGUUUGGACAGUUCACAAUUUUAAUUCAUUUUUUUCAGUCGACCAGUAUUCAUGACAAAACAUGAUCCCAAAGCUGUUUUUAUUUUUAAUUUUUUUUUACUAAGACUGUAUAUCAUACAAUAACAAACAAGCAGCACCUGUAAGAUGGCAUUAUGGUAAAAAAAAAAUACAAAUAAUUUUUAAUAAAAUAAAGCAUUACAGAUAUGCAGUGACAGGAGAAAUAUAGUCACAAGUAGGGCUCAUGACAUUUUAUCAUGACUUUUUAGUUUUCACUGCACAGUUUAUUAUUUUAACCUAUUUCUCUCUGUCUACAUGAAGAUAUCGAGACAAAAACAUGACUGAAAAGUAGAUUUAUUUUCUUAGAAAAAUAUUCACAACAAAUAUAUAACAAGAAAACAAGUUCAAUUUGAUCUCUAAAAAUGUCAGUUUAUAUAAAUAUACAAAUAUAUCGUUUCAUGCCUCUGUGGAAAAAUGAAGCCAAAAUCCUGUGGUUAUGGGAGCUAGGUUUCCUGUGAUGAGUCACAGAGUAGAUAACUAGAGUCUAAUCCUAUAAGUAAUCUGUAAUUAGCCCCUGCCUGUCUGAAAACACCUGUGGACGCUCAGACGUCUGGGCUCAUGGGGCCCGUGGAGGUGCGCUUCCACUCAGACCACUUGCAUCUCAAUAUCCUGAAAUACAACUACAAUAUUUGAUGCCAAAAAGUAUCGUGCACUUUAACAGGUUCAACAGAAAAGUGAAUCUACUCAGAGAUAAAUUAACCCAGAGCCCGCCUCUGAUACUUUGCUAAACCUGUUUCCUGAAUCAGGGCCCAGGAUGUUGCCAUCAUUCUGAAUUAACAAGACGAGACUGAAACGAAACCACCAAACGAAUGGACAUUUUCUAACCUUUAUACUUAAAACAUUUCCUGACAACGUAACGCUUGUGAUACGAUGUGGUUUACAAGUCAGGCUGCACACAUUCGACUCGCAGUAAAAAAAAAAAGGCAGAAGCUUUGCACAUGGCGUGUUGUUCUGACCUGCAGCUGUUCUGAAAAGAUGAGCCACUGAUAAGGGCAACGUUAUUUCAGCUGCUGCGGCGCCAAAGCUCUUUCCUCCAUUAGUAAAUUAUUCUUUAUUGUGAAACAGUGGUUGUUUACGCAGACGCUGGUUCAUCUUGUUUCAUAUCUGUGGGUGUAUUUUCGAUUCGCUUGAUUUUUCCAUUUUCUUGAGUCUCAGGUCGUUUUUUAAACAUAUGUCUCUUCUGUUGUAUGUUUUGCUGACAUUAUCUGAAUGUGUUACUACUGAAUAUCAAACGUUAAUGCAGGGAAAACAUCGUCUCUGAUGUUUGAUGAUUUACUGGAUCCAUGCUGCAUUUGUCUGUCUCUUCAGAAAUCACUUAUUAGAAACAUGAUGGCAUUUGCACUGAGAGUUGUAUACAAUUUAUGAUUAAAAGUGAGCCUUCCUAAAA